GGAGAGGUCGGGCUGCGGCCGCCAGGGAGAGGUUCCCUCCACUCAGGGCUUUGAGCAUGAGACACUCGGAUCUCCAGUGUGAAGCUACCUUUGGUUCAGCUGUUGGACUAGCUCUUUAAGGACUCUUUAAACCAUUGCAGGCUGAUGAGCUUUUGGGAGACUGGGCAGAGCGGCCAGAGAUGCUCCAGCUACAGAGGAUGAGGAGGCUUGCGGGGGCAAACUGCCUGCUCCGGAGACACAGCGCUACGUGGAGGAGCUCUACCAAAAAUGCAUCAUUUUCAGAAGUGCUGCAACUGGAGGAUAAAAAGCUCACUGGUGUAGUUUUCCCUCUCCAGGGUCUAGAGAAGUAUCUAGCCCCGAACGUGAACACUGCAAGCUUCCGGACUUUCAACCCUGGCCUGGAUGACAUCCACAGGGCAGAGGCGCUUUUCAAACCCUCGGGCAGACAUGUGAUUGAUUAUUUCAGUUCUGCCGUCCGCAUGGACCAUGCACCACAGCUGUCACAGCCUGAGGUGUGCUUUGUGGGCAGAAGCAAUGUUGGGAAAUCCUCCUUAAUAAAGGCCUUGUUUUCAUUGGCUCCCGAUGUUGAAGUCCGAGUGUCAAAAACUCCAGGCCACACAAAGAAAAUGAAUUUCUUCAAAGUGGGGAAAUACUUUACGUUGGUGGACAUGCCAGGCUAUGGCUACCGAGCCCCGCAAGACUUUGCUGACAUGGUGGAGGCCUAUUUACAAGGGCGUCAGAACUUGAAGAGGACGUUCUUAUUAGUGGACAGCUUGGUAGGAUUUCAGAAAGCAGACCACAUUGCCAUAGAAAUGUUGGAGGAGUUUGGGAUCCCUUACGUUUUUGUGUUAACCAAAAUGGACAAAGCUCCCAAGGGACUGUUGGUUAAAAAUGUACUGGAGAUCCAAGACUUCGCAGAGAAACACACUCAGGGGUGCUUUCCUCAACUCUUCCCAGUCAGUUGCAUAGAGUAUUCUGGCAUCCACCUGCUGAGGUGUUUUAUAGCCCAUGUUACAGGAAACCUUCCCAUGAUGAAUUCUUGACAGCCACAACUCUCCUGUUGUAUUCUACUCAUCCAGCACAACUGGGCUUCCUACCUGGAGGUGGAAAGGACCUGUCCUUUAAGAAGUUAUGAGAGGAUGAUGCCUGAAAAGAAAGUCUGGUACAUAGGCUGCAUGGAGUUAUGUGGUACCUCCACUCUAUGCCCCAAAAGGAAAUUACCCUAAUGUAAUUGAGCACCAGUGGCUACAAGCUGUGAGGGCUCUCCACCACCCCAUCAGUUCCUAGGAGAAAGAGCAGAUGAAAAGCUGUGACUUUGUGAAUGGUGAGAAGAUGACGACUGCUUUGACAGCACUUGUUAAUGGAGCACUCUGCUGGAAGAAUUAGUACUUACAUAGCGUCUAUUGCCUUAGAGAGCAAGGCCUGAGGAUUUCAAAGGGGUGGAGGUUGCCUCUCCUUUUUGCACUGCGUUCUCUUGCUUAGCACAGACUUCAUUGUGGACCUCUCAAGGAACAAACCAAAAUUCUAAAGUGAUGACAACUGACCAUAAAGGAGUGAACUUCCAUGGCAAAUGAGGUACAUGCUGCAUAUCUGGCCCUACCUUGUCCCUCAGUGGCAGCCUCCUAUUCUUCAGGGGCACAUAACAGAUGUGGAAUAAACUUCUCACACUAAGUUGCAUCUGUCCAGCAAUGCCCACUAGAUGGCAUAGCUGUAGUGUUACUGAUGGGUAAGGUUUCCUUCCCAGAAGAUCGCCCAUUCUUAAGCUCCGUUUACACUGGUGGGGUGUGGAGUACUGGCUGUGUUCUCACUUGUCACUGCAGGGGCUAGCUGUAUGCCAUGGCAACAGGCUUCAAGAGGGGGGAGCAGCUGGAGCCUUUCACUGGGGCAGGGGAAGGCUUAAGUAGGAGGAUGUUACACUGCUAAAAAUAGCACUAUAGAGCAAGGAGGUAGGUGUGUGUGCGCGCAUGCGCACACACACACAGAGCGCUCUCCAGCCUGGGGGUUCAGGCAUGUGCUCUUCACUGAAGCAAUGCUGUUAAAUACCAAUGCUAUGUCUGUACUCUACAUGUGACUUAAGUGUAGAUUAAGAGGGUGUGUGGUCAAGUUCAUGUCUGUUCAUAAAAGGAAAUGCUUUACCUAACCUAAUUGACCUCAGAAACUCAUUGUCAUUAGAUGUUAAUCCUGCUACCUGAUAGUAGCCACUCCUAAAAACAGGAUCUGGGAGUUGUUGGAACAAUAGCCUAAUGCAGUAAACUAAUUCUUAUGUGCUGUAAGCAAAAGAGAUUGAUCAAAGUACUUAGGAGUUAAAUCCAUCAAGCAGAACAAAGGGAGAGUCAGGGCUAUGACUCCAUCUAUAACCACUGUUAGAAGUGCUUAGUGUCAUAACAGCAGAGGUGCUGUCCCAAGACCUUGUGUCCCAAAUGGUACAUCUCUCAGGGGCAAAGUUUCCUGGAGCACAUGCUAUGGUUCAAUGUCAGUUCUUGGUGAAUAGUUUCAGCAUGCUAGCAAACAUUUUUCAGAAGCAUCCACUCAGUUUUGGGUGCUGCAUGCUCUGGGCUCUUGCCAAGUUAAGCAUCCAAAAUUAAUGGACCCUUUUGAAAAGUGUGUCUUAAAUCCUAUAGCUUCAUAUACAUCUGCCUGCAGAAC